AUGGCCCCAAAGGCCGACGCCGUUGACACGAGCUAUACGGUCUUCAUCCGUUUGCCAUUUCCCAGAGGCGAAUUUGAGGAUCCACCUCCUGUGGAAUGGAAUGCUUCUAAAGAUCAGGCACUCUGGGAUAUUCUCUCACGGCCCUCAAAAGGAGACAUAGACUGGAAAGCCCUGGCAGAUAACUUUGAAGUUACGUUACAAUUUCUACUUCAACAAGCUGCAUGGCUGUAUGAUCGCCAGUUAUCUCAGGUUCGGGCCCAGAUGCGUAAGGUCGCUUUCGAACCACGGCGUACUAGUGCUACAUCAACCACCUUUACUAACCAAGCCCGUGGAUCUCAACCCCCUUCACGUACUGAGACGCCGACAGCCGACACUGAAUCACGAUGGGGCACAUUUGGUCGUCAACCGUCGGCUGUCAGACGAGAGCCACCACCAGUGGCAUCUUUGCCCCGAUCUCUCCCACUCGAAGAGGAGCCUCUGUCUUCGAGCACGUCGGAAGAAACAGAUUCCGACAAUGAUGACCCAAGAGGUGCUCCUCGGUUCAGACGAUUUGGAAAAUUCUCCACCCUUCGCUCAGGUCUCCGCGAUGACGAAGACGAUGAUGACGAUACCCCGGCGUUCUUACCAAUUGUCCGAGAAUCAGGACAUUCCCAUCGGGAACGGCCAGCCCAAGAGCUCAGUGCUACCCUCCGACUAGAUGCCGAGCGAGCAGCUGCCCAGCGACGUCGGGGACCGGAUCAGCGCUCUGGUCAUAGGGUACCCGUGGCUUCAGAGUCUUCCACUAGCUCGAUGAGCUCUGUCGGCCCUGUUGGUCUGCCUCGAAGUGAAACCGGACGAACAGAUCAUAGGGCACCGAUUUCAGGCCCUCAGCGAGCACUUGGGACCCGUCAAAAUUCGCGCCGGUCUAACACUUCCGGCCGUGAGGCCAGUGAUGGUACCCCUAGUAUGGGGAGCAGCUUCAGUGACCUCGACGGUAUGUCCCCCAGUCCCGUGGAUAAUGCAUUUGUUCUGAUCGAUUCCCAAGAUGCAAGCGUUACGCAAUCAGCCCUGGAAGAGGCUCUUUUGAGCAACAUGCAACAUGGUGGUAUGGCAAGUCGCAUGAGUACGAUCAGCCAAGCACUCCGCAGUCGUUAUCUGCAGUAA